AUGCCAAGUGGCUACGGAAACUCGUCGUACUACAACAAGAAUGCGCACUCGCCUGCGCUGAUUCGCGCACGCAGGCCAUAUCUCCUCAAGAACGCCCUUGUCGGCUCUGGCAUCGCUGCUUUCGCCAUCGGAGUUUAUGUCUACACGAUCAAGGCCAUCGGCCAGGAUGAAUUCACAGACGUCAAGGUCCCUGAUGUACCGCAGCAACCGGCAAACAAGUCUUGA